AUGCUUUGCUGUCCAUUUCUCUUCUUUCCUUUUUCUUCUUCUCUUCUGCUUGAUUCAUUUUCUCUCCCCAUCUCUAACUUUUUAUCAUUUCUUUUUUUUUUCUCUCACGGUCUAUCUUUCUCUCAUUCUCUCUCGUUUUUGAUGCUAAUUUAUCCGCUGUUCUCUUUUAGAUUUGUUCCCUCCUCCUCUUCAUAUUUUAUCUUCCUUUCCUCCUCAUUUCUUCAUUCCUCACUUCCACCUCCCUCCUUUUCUCUCAUUGUCUCUCCUUUUCUCUCAUUGUCUCUCUUUUUUAUAUUAACUUCUCUCGUGUUUUCGUUUAGCUUUCUUCUAUCCCCCAGCUCCUCUUCCAAACUCCCCCUCCUCCUACUCUUAAUAUUUUAUCUUUCUUUCUUCCUCCUUUCUUUAUUCCUCUCUUCCACUUCUCACUUUUUCUCUCACGGUCUAUCUUUCUCUCAUUCUCUCUCGUUUUUUAUGUUAAUUUAUCGCCUUUUCUCUUUUAGAUUUCGUACCUCCUCCUCUUAUUUCAUCUUCCUUUCCUCCUCCUCUCUUUAUUCUCAUUUCCUCUUUGUACGUUUACUCUCUCGCUCACUCUCUUUCUCUCAUUUUUUUUUAUCCUGUCCCUCUUUUAGCUCUGACUUUCUACUCUCUAUAUUUCUCUAUUUCUUUUCUUUACACUUUCGCUUGUCCCAUUCCCCUCCCCCUUCGCCGACUCCAUUCUUUGCUCGCUUUCAUGUAUUUUCUCCUCAUGAAUUUGUAGUUAUUUUUUUUGUCCUCCGUUGCGUUUAUUUUCUUUCCUUCGUCUUUUAUUUGCAAUGCCAAACAAACAGUCUGCUUUCGUGA